AUGUUACAAAUAUGUUUUUCACCGACUGGUGAUCAAUGUAAUUGUGGGUGUAUAUUUCUACUGAUCAUUUGGUACUCCUUAAUUAAAGCUUCCUACAUGGAUAAAAAACUGGCUGAAUCUAUUGAAGAAUGGAUGAAGCAUGACAAGAAUGAAAACACUCGCUCACAAAUCAAGUUACUGAAAGAUAAAGAAGCGUGGGAUGAGUUACGAAAGUUAUUGCUAGAAAGAAUGGCAUUUGGGACUGCUGGAUUACGAGCAAGAAUGGGACCAGGAUAUUCUCAGAUGAAUGACCUAACAAUUAUACAAACAACUCAGGGUUUACUUAAGUAUUCGCUAAAAACAUUCUCAGGUCUCAAGUCAGAUGGAAUUAUAGUUGGUUAUGAUGCUCGACAUAAUAGCAAAAAAUGGGCGCUUAUUGUCGCUAAUAUAUUUAUUAAUGCUGGCUGUAAAGUGUACUUGUUCAAAGAUACAUUCCCAACUCCUAUGGUCGCAUUUGGUGUUAGGCUUUUCAAAACAGCCUUGGGUGUUAUGAUUACUGCAUCACACAAUCCGAAAGAUGACAAUGGUUACAAAGUUUACUGGUCGAAUGGAUGUCAGAUAAUCAGUCCCCAUGACAGUGGUAUAUCAAGUUGCAUCCUUGAAAGCUUGGUACCUUUGGAAACUUCAUGGAACAUAGAUAAUAUUGAGGCGAAUCCUCUCUGCUUAGAUCCAAUGCCUAGGCUUUUGAAAACUUACUGUCGACUACAGAAGAGUAGACUUUGUUUUACAGAAUCUGAAAAUAUAAAAUGCAAAACCCCUUUUGUGUAUACGCCUAUGCAUGGUGUAGGUUGGGAAGCAGUUAAAGCAUUAGUUUCGUGUUUUGGGUUUCCUCCACUUGAACCAGUUCCUGAGCAGAUAAUGCCUGAUCCAGACUUUCCAACCGUUGACUAUCCAAAUCCAGAAGAAGGUCGUUCUGCACUCAAUUUAGGUAUUAAACAUGCGGAAUCUAUUAAAAGUACCAUCAUUUUUGCCAAUGAUCCAGACGCUGAUAGACUAGCAGUUGCUGAAAAACAAACAUCUGGUCAGUGGAAAAUUUUCAGUGGCAAUGAACUUGGAGCUUUAUUUGGUUGGUGGUUAUCUUUGCAGUGGAAAAUACACAAUCCUCAAGUAAAACCUUCCAGUGUUGCUGUAUUAUCUAGUACUGUGUCUUCUAAAAUAUUAAAAACUAUUGCCGAACAAGAAGGGUUUCGAUUUGAGGAAACUUUAACUGGUUUCAAAUGGUUGGGUAAUCGAUCCUGUGAGCUUGAGUCGCAAAAUGUUAAAACAAUUUUCGCUUUCGAAGAAGCUAUAGGUUUUAUGUGCGGUGAUGUUGUCUGGGAUAAAGACGGUGUUGGGGCUUUAGCAGUUAUGGCUGAACUCACUUCUUAUGUUUAUCAUAAAGGAAAACUAUUAUCUGAUCAAUUAAUAGAGAUUUAUAACAUUUAUGGUCAACAUAUUUCCAAUAAUGGUUAUUACUUUUGUCAUGAACCGGAGAAAAUUGUUAAAAUGUUCAAUCGCAUACGUAAUUGGCCUAAUGAACCUGGUCCUAAAGGCUAUCCUCAAAAACUUGGUCGAUUUCAAAUAACUGGUAUACGGGAUUUAACAGUUGGUUAUGAUGAUCAUUAUCCAGACUUAAAACCGGUAUUACCUGUUAGUAAGUCAAGUCAGUUGAUUACUUUCGAUUUCUCAAAUGGUGUGACACUAACGCUUCGUACAAGUGGAACUGAACCAAAAAUUAAAUAUUAUUCUGAAUUGAGGUCGAAACCUGGAAGCGAAGCAUCUGUGGAAUCUUUAACAAAUGAACUUCAAGAACUUGUGAAUAAAAUGAUUGAAGAAUUUUAUGAACCUGAAAAAAAUGGUUUCCUUCCUCGUGUGGAUUAA